AGCGGACGUCCCUCUGUAGCGCGUCAGACACUAGCUCAGGACGCAGGACAGGACCUCUGAUCCACCGACACACACAAGACCUCUGUCGAUCUCUGCUUUAUACUCAUCAUUACAACAUUCCCGGUGAAGAACCCCAGUGGAGAUGGAACUGGAGGAUUGUGGCGGGUUACUGCAGGCGAUCCGGGCGGAGCGCUUUUACGCACUGGAUGGUUGCCCCGACGCGUUGAGGCUGGAGGUGAUAUAAGAAAACUACGCAGAGAGACGCGCAUAGACACGCAAGGUUAAGACGUCUCCAGUGUUUGGUUUGUGCAAACUAAUCAGCAUGCGGUACCGAGGGGCAGUUCUGGCGGCUGGUUUCGCCGGGCUGUUCAGCUUCACCGUGCUCGCCGUGGCCAUCGGGACGGACUACUGGUACAUCAUCGACGUGCACAUCCCCAACUACUCCGGCACGGAUGACCUCAGCUCCCACUCCGGGCUAUGGACGACGCAUGAAGGGCAGAACAGCAGCUCGCUGAUGCCUUCCUUCAACGACGACACCUCCAGUCUGUCGGAGGUGGAGAAGCACCUCUUCAGGCUGCACAAGGUGGUGGUGGUGCUGCUGCCCCUGAGCCUGGUGCUGCUGGUGGGGGGGUGGAUCCUGGGGCUGGUCAGCGCCCUGGCCCGUAGCGGGCGGCUGCUCGCCGCCGCCGCCGCCUACUUCCUCCUCUGCAGCCUGUUCACCCUGGCCGGUCUCUGCGUCUACGUCAGCUACUCCCAGUGCGCCAUGGAGGAGUUCCAGCGGCUUGUGAGCCCAGAGGACCUGGCCAACGUGGGGGUGUCCUACGGCUGGUCCUGUGCCCUGGCCUGGCUCUCCCUGGGCCUGGAGCUGAGCUGUGGCCUGCUGCUGCUGCUGGCCGCCCGACUGGUCCGCCGCAAGCAACGCGACUCAGGCGUGGCCAUCGCAAUGACCUGAGGGCCCAGGACCCCUGAGCUCUGGAGGUCUGAACCUCUGGAGGUCUGACCUCUGGAGGUCUGGACUUCCGGAGGUCUGAACCUCUGGAGGUCUGAACCUCUGGAGGUCUGACCUCUGGAGGUCUGAACCUCUGGAGGUCUGAACCUCUGGAGGUCUGAACCUCCGGAGGUCUGAACCUCCGGAGGUCUGAACCUCCGGAGGUCUGAACCUCUGGAGGUCUGACCUCUGGAGGUCUGAAGGUCUGGAGGUCUGGAGGUCUGGAGGUCUGGAGGUCUGGAGGUCUGACCUCUGAACCUCUGGAAGUCUGAAAGUCUGGAGGUCUCAGGAUGUUGAUACUGAGAUACAAACGGGGGCUGGGCUGAAUCAUUUAGACUUUAAUUAUGAUUAUUAAGAAUUAUCAUUGAAGCACACCUUAUUUAACCGGCGUGCUUGAUUAAUAUGAUGAAGAGUUUUUAUUGUUCAUAUUAUUUGUUUAUAUCUUUGGUAUCAGUAGGCUUUGUUGCAUAACACUCACAACAAAUGAGACUUCAUUUUCCCAUUAGCUGUAAACAUUAGAUCAUGUGCCAACGUGUCGGUCGGGGUUGGAGAGAAUAACGUUAACGCGGUCUAAACCGCCAGUCUGGAUCAGGUCUAGAUCAGGUUCUGGAUCAGGUUCUGGAUCAGGUCUAGAUCAGGUUCUAGAUCAGGUCUAGAUCAGGUCUAGAUCAGGUUCUAGAUCAGGUCUAGAUCAGGUCUAGAUCAGGUUCUAGAUCAGGUCUAGAUCAGGUUCUAGAUCAGGUCCGGAUCAGGUCCCUAUCAGGUUCUAGAUCAGGUCUGGAUCAGGUCUAGAUCAGGUCUGGAUCAGGUCCGGAUCAGGUCUAGAACAGGUGCUGGAUCAGGGUCUAGAUCAGGUUCUGGAUCAGGUUCUAGAUCAGGUCUGGAUCAGGUCUAGAUCAGGUUCUAGAUCAGGUCUAGAUCAGGUCUAGAUCAGGUUCUAGAUCAGGUCCGGAUCAGGUCCCUAUCAGGUUCUGGAUCAGGUCUAGAUCAGGUCUGGAUCAGGUCCGGAUCAGGUCUAGAACAGGUUCUGGAUCAGGGUCUAGAUCAGGUUCUGGAUCAGGGUCUAGAUCAGGUUCUGGAUCAGGUUCUAGAUCAGGUCUAGAUCAGGGUCCAGCUCCAUAGCUCCAGUCCCAGAGAUAAGCGUGUGUCGACCAGUAAGCGAAUUACCGAUACCAAAACCAGCGCUGUGCGAGUGAGCACAGCAUCGCGAGGAGAGGUGAGGGGCCGCACCGACACUAAUGCUUCUGAAGAUGUUGUUAUGAAAUGUAUGGUCUGUGUGUGCUUUAUAUGUAUAUCUACCAGGUCUAUGCAUUAGCGCUUGGCUGUUUCUUCUUCUUCUAUAUUUUGGUCUUUCGGCACAAAAUAAAUGAAAACAAUAUAAAAUUAAUAUUUAAUGAA